CUCUAAAAAGAGAGCUACGGUGGCAUCGGCCCGCCCUUUCUCUCUCUAAAACUCAGAGACCCUUUUCAUGGAAGAAAGACUCAAUCCCUCGUAGAAAAGCCCAUCUCUCAGCUUCUCUCUCUCUCAGUCUCUCUACACCCCGCAAUAUUGGACCUAAACCAGUUCUGCUCCCCUGUUUCUCUCUCCGGGGAACCUAUCGUUCCGCUUCUCUUCCACCUUUCUCUCUCUCUCUCUAAAACUUAGAACUUUUCGACCCAAUAUUCUGAAUCCUUUCACCCUCCAUUUCUCUCUGGAAUUUGAAAUGUAGGACCUAAAAAACCACCACCUUUCUGCACACCGCCAAAACCCACUUCCUUCCCCUCUUUCUCUCUCUAUAAACUUCCGGACCGUAUCCAUGGCGGACCUCAAAGAGCGUCUUCUUCCUCCCAAGCCAGCGACAGGCCCGUCCUCUCGUGACCAGCAAUCUCGCCCCGCUGCUUCGGGUCGGCCCCUCUUUCAAGGAAUGGACUUUUUAGGGCUCAAAAAGAGAGGCCAAGGUCUCAGAUCAUGGAUCAAAGUCGACUCAUCUGGUAAUUCUCAGGUGUUGGAGGUCGACAAAUUCACCAUGAUGAGGCGUUGCGAUCUUCCUGCUCGCGAUCUUCGAUUGCUUGAUCCCCUCUUUGUUUAUCCAUCAACAAUUCUUGGCAGAGAGAAGGCCAUAGUGGUGAACCUGGACCAAAUUCGAUGUAUAAUAACUGCUGAUGAAGUUCUUCUUCUCAAUUCUUUGGAUAAUUACGUUUUGCAAUAUGUACAAGAGUUGCAGAAGAGAUUAACUAUGAGGAAUGAUAUAGCAGUUGGGGAUUUUUGGGCACCAGGUGGUGGGGAUUUGGUGAGAAGAAGGGGGGGCAUGAAUUUUGAUGAUUUUUUGGGGAGUGGAUCUGCUGAUUAUUUACCAUUUGAGUUUAGGGCUCUUGAGGUUGCCUUGGAAUCUGCUUGCACUUUUCUCGAUGCUCAGGCAGCAGAGCUAGAGAUUGAAGCAUACCCUUUAUUAGACGAGCUGACCUCAAAUAUCAGUACCCUAAACUUGGAACGUGUACGCCGAUUGAAAAGCAGACUGGUUGCCUUGACUCGUAGAGUUCAGAAGGUUCGAGAUGAGAUUGAGCAGCUUAUGGAUGAUGAUGGGGAUAUGGCUGAAAUGUACCUCACAGAGAAGAAAAUGAGGGCAGAAGCAACACUAUACGGGGGUGACUCAUCCUAUAUAGGAUACAAUACUCCAGGUGGGGGUGUUUCAGUUUCGGCUCCUGUUUCCCCUGUUUCUUCACCCACUGAGACAAGGAAGCUCGAGAAGAGCUUCAGCCUAGCAAGGAGCCGGCAUGAUAGCAUGAAGAGCUCAGAUAGCACCACUGAGAAUAUAGAGGAGUUGGAAAUGCUCUUAGAAGCUUAUUUUGUAGUCAUUGACAGCACCCUCAACAAAUUGACAUCGCUCAAAGAAUAUAUUGAUGACACAGAGGACUUCAUUAACAUUCAACUUGACAAUGUUCGAAAUCAGCUUAUUCAAUUUGAGUUGCUGCUCACGACGGCAACAUUUGUGGUUGCAAUCUUUGGCGUUGUAGCGGGAGUCUUUGGGAUGAAUUUCGACGUAGAUUUGUUUAAUACGCCAGCCGCAUUUAAAUGGGUGCUCAUAAUUACUGGGGCAGUCGGAUUCACCAUCUUCUGUGGAUUUUUAUGGUUUUUCAGGCAUAAAAGAUUGAUGCCCUUGUAGCCAAAUUAUUAAAUGGGAUCGAAAGUAUGGGGCUGAAGCUGGGGUUCUUUUGUAGAGACAGAAAAUUGAAAAGAAAAUGGAAUGAGUCAUAUCAUUGAUAAUCAAUGUCAAAGGAAGAUUGCAUCAA